AUGGAUGAUCGUGACGAGGACACGCAGAUUCCCGACGCUAGUCCACUGAAUGAAGAGCAGGACUUGGAUGAGAAGCCUCGCAACCAUGCGCCUACUCUUCCAUUUCAUGACCUCUUCAUUGAUAUUUUCAACCCGUUAAAUGACAACAAGAAGAAGCCCGGUGGUCACAUGGCCACGGUCCGCAGAAAAGCUGCAUCCAGUUUCACUCCUCAGGAGCGCCGGCGAGAUAUCAUGCAGCGUUUCAUCUCGCGUUGGCGAAAAGAAGUUGGCGAUGACAUCUAUCCCGCGUUUCGACUUAUUGUGCCUGACAAGGAUCGGGACCGUGCCAUGUACGGGAUAAAGGAAAAGGUAAUUGGCAAGCUUCUCGUCAGGAUUAUGAAAAUCGACAAAAACUCCGAGGAUGGCUUUAGUCUACUGAAUUGGAAACUGCCUGGCCAGAGUGCUGCUAGUCGCAUGGCAGGCGAUUUCGCAGGUCGAUGCUAUGAAGUUCUAUCGAAAAGACCGAUGCGAACAGACGUUGGUGGCAUGACCAUCGAAGAGGUCAAUGAGCGUUUAGACCAGCUAUCAUCGGCUUCCAAGGAGGACCAGCAGCUUCCAAUACUGGCCGAGUUCUACCGACGCAUGAACCCGGAAGAACUCAUGUGGCUAAUCCGCAUAAUCCUGCGACAAAUGAAAGUUGGGGCCACAGAGCGAACGCUAUUUAACGUGUGGCAUCCGGAUGCCGAAAGACUCUUUAGCAUAUCUAGCAGUUUGAGGCGGGUCUGCUGGGAGCUUCAUGACCAAAAUAUUCGGCUGGAAGGUGAUGAUCGCGGCGUCUCUCUCAUGCAAUGUUUUCAACCACAGUUGGCACAGUUUCAGAUGCAUUCAUUUGAAAAGAUGGUGCAGCGAAUGCGGCCUACGGAAGAUGAUCGAACAUUUUGGAUCGAGGAAAAGCUUGAUGGCGAGCGGCUACAGCUGCACAUGGCAACGGAUGAUUCUGUCCAGGGAGGCAAGAAAUUUUCCUUUUGGUCACGUAAGGCCAAAGAUUAUACAUAUCUCUAUGGAAACGGGUUUUAUGACCCUAAUGGCUCUCUGACUCGCCAUUUAAAAGAUGCCUUUGUCGAUGGCGUGGAUAAUAUCAUCCUGGACGGCGAAAUGAUCACAUGGGACCCCGAACAAGACGCACCGGUGCCGUUCGGUACUUUGAAGACAGCAGCUUUGGCGGAACAACGAGAUCAGAAUGCUAAAAAGCCACGCCCAUUACUUCGGGUUUUUGACAUUCUGUACCUGAAUGACCGUGAACUGACACGAUACACGCUGAGAGAUCGUCGUAAUGCCAUUGAAAAGGCUAUACGGCCUGUGCAUCGGAGAUUUGAAAUACAUCCUUAUACGGAAGCCACCACGGCUGCCGAGAUCGAGCCCAUUCUUAGAAAAGUUGUCGAAGAAGCCUCUGAAGGUCUUGUCCUGAAGAAUCCUCGGUCCCCGUAUAGAUUGAAUGAACGCAAUGAUGAUUGGAUGAAGGUGAAACCAGAAUACAUGACGGAGUUUGGAGAGUCGCUAGACCUUGUGGUUAUUGGAGGGUAUUACGGUUCCGGAAAACGAGGAGGCGCUAUUUCAAGUUAUCUAUGUGGUCUACGUGUGGAUGACCCCAGCACUCAAGACGGAUCGAGCGGGAUGAAGUGCUAUUCGUUUUGUAAAGUCGGUGGUGGUUUUACUGCCGCUGACUAUGCGAACAUUCGUCAUCACACAGAUGGCAAAUGGAAACCCUGGAACCCCAAGAAUCCCCCUUCUGAAUUCAUUGAACUUGCAGGUGGAGAGGCAGCUCAAAAGGAAAGACCAGAUACAUGGAUUCGCCCAGAUGAAUCAGUUGUGAUUUGUGUCAAAGCCGCAUCCGUAUCAGUCAGUGAUGAAUUUCGCAUGGGGUUAACACUGCGAUUUCCGCGUUUCAAAAAGCUGCGAAUGGAUAAAGACUGGAAAAGCUCAUUGUCAGUGCAAGAGUUCUUGGAUUUGAAAUCGAAUGUCGAAAAGGAGCAGAAAGAGAAAGAGUUCACCGUUGACAAUUCCCGUCGAAAGCGCAUUAAAAGAGCUACGAAGAAGCCCUUGGUUAUUGCUGGCUAUGACGAAGGUCCGAAAGUGGAAUUUGCAGGUCUAGUUGGGAUUAUCAUGAGCGAUACAACCGCGCCGGAGAAAAAGAGCAAAGCCCAACUCGAGCAAUUAAUCAAAUCCAAUGGGGGCAAGAUUUAUCAGACUAAUACAGCAGCGCCAGAUACAGUAUGUAUAGCGGACCGAACAUUACCAGGAACUGUCAAAGUUGCAUCGUUGCAAAAGAGUGCGCGUGACAAUAUUGUUCGACCUAUCUGGCUAUUUGACUGCAUCAAGCAGAAUGAAAUUGACAAGAAUCUGCCUUCAUAUUUACUCCCGCUGGAACCUAGACACAUGUUCUUCACCAAAGAGGACCGACAAGAUGAAAUUGCCAGAAAUGUCGACGACUACAACGAUAGUUAUACUCGGGACCUCACUCCCGAAGAACUCAGAGUCAUUUUGGAAGGUGCAAAGUUCAAGAACGUAUCUAUCGACGAUACGGAGGUAGCCCAACUAUCUGAAAGUCUCGUCGCGGAAGCUCAGGGGCUAGCAUCAUCGACUGGAGGGAAAGAAGAGUUCCCACCCGGCUGGCUCUUCAAGGGCUUGACAAUAUAUUUCCAUAAUCUCCUGUCAUCUGAAAACCAUCGACUUUGGCUCGCCCAAGAAUUCACCGAAUUCGGAGGCGCCGAUAUCGCCAAUAGUCUGGAUGAUGAUGAUGAUGACAAUACCCCCACUCACGUUGUUAUUGAUAUCAACAACAAUGAAAUCUCUACCAACCCAAAUACCUCGGCACAAAUAUCGUCCAUCCGCAAGAUCCUUUCAGAAAGACGAAUCUGUAGCAGCGAUGGCUUGAGAAUCCCGCAUUUAGUCUCGGUGGAAUGGAUUGAGCAAAGCUGGAAGGAGAAGACGUUGCUAGAUGAGGAGACUGGCUGA